CCCUUUCUCGUUUCUAAGGUGGCGAUUGUGAACUAAAAGGCGAUUAGCGACCGGCCUGCGUUGUUUUGCAUAUGCGUACUUGGCGCGACUUUCACAACAAAAUCGAGUCAAACAGACGUAGCAUGAUUGCGAUCGCUAAACUAAAUGGGUUUAGUUGUCUGUGGUGCUUGGGAUCUACUGAAAAUGCCCGAAGCCAACAGCGUUUGAUCGCUUUCCAGAUUCUUUGGAACCCAGGCUUAACCACCGUUCUUCAUCACGAGUCAAUAAAACCUACAAGACUAAAACGGACAGUCGCAUUCCUCUUAUUAACUCUCGAUAUUUCUUUGGAACCUUGAAGAUCUAAAAAAACCUCUCUGGAAGGCACGAUUUUAAACAGAAAUAAUCUGACGGUAGAUGUCAAGAAGCUGAUAUUGUUGCAAUGUCUCAUAGCUUUUACGUAAAUGAAUAUUUAUUUGUCAAACUCUCAGUGGCUUUUGAUACGUAAAUUUCAGAAUAUCUUAUAGUUGUAUACUGCAAAUUUUACAGUGGGCGUUCAACUGACACUAUUGUAAACAUAUUUCUGAUUAUGCGUCAGUGCCACCUUGUUGACAAAUUUUGUUCAUAGUAAAAUGUGUAACGUAACAUUAAUACGAGUCAAUUGUGACAAUUAUGUGACUUUUGAGUUUCAAUUGAUUCAUGUUUGCGUGACUUUUGCGUGACGAAUUUGUCCUUUAUUUCAGGAAAUGUAACGGUGCUCGUGAAUGGAUUUCUGACAAUAUGAUUGAGCCUUCCCCAGAAUACGAAUGCGCCGCGUACGGUCAAGAUCAGUACCGCACAUUUGACGGAAGAUGGAUAGUGUUUCAUCAUGAACGCUGCGAGUUUAUCAUGAUGGAAGGAGAUGGCGUCAAGAUCUCGGUCAAGAACGAACCAUGCAGGUUAAAUUUCUGUGUUUUGUGGAUCUAGAAUUUGGUGAAGCGUUGAGUGUUUCUAUUUUUUGGAGUGUUUCUCCCUUUUAAAACCAGUCUUUUCGUUUUUAUCCAGUAAUUCGCUUGAACUACAGAUGUGCAAACGAGUUGGUAUUGAGUUGGAGGGCGGGGCGACAUCUUUGGAUUUGUACCAAAAAGAGUUCUCCAUUAUCCAAAAUGGUGCCAGCAAGAGUUACAAACCGGGAGAAUAUCCCGAACCGUGUCAGAUGGAGAUCCCCAAUGUUGAGGUUUUCCAUGUCGGUCUGUUCCUGAUAGUUCGCAUUUACCAGCCAAAUAAUCCUUUCUUCGUGAAAUUUGAGGUGAGUUGAACUAGAGGUAAAGGUAUAACUUUGAUUGUAGCUUUACAACAUUUCACUGAGAAAAAUGGUUAUACUGCCAUGAAACAAACUCUUAUUUUUAUGAAAUUAAAUCGCAAUGAGAAUUGUGUACAUUAAAUGGCCACCAAGGCCACCCCCUAUUACGCGGCCAGAAAUCAAAGUUGUGUAAUAAUUGUGUAAAAGAAUCGGAAAUUAAACCUCCAUUAAGCAGCCAGCUCUAUCAAGCGGCCACGGCCACCCUUUGGCCAUUCCAACGAGAGUUUUCCUAUUGUUGGCACCUCUAUUAAGCAGCCACCAAGCGCUUGAUACGCUGAGCUUGGCUUUAAUACAAAUACAUUCCGAGAUACAAGGUGACGUGGACCAGUAAUGCUACUCCCAUCGCGCGCUAGCCGUUUGUUUAAAAAUAAAGUGAUGUUCCUGCUAAAGAUUAUGCUAAUUUAAGGUGGCUGAACACAGUUUUGGCAGUUUCUGAGUAUAGGUCAUUUGCCAAAUUAUGGCAAGAGAAAGGUUGCAGCUCACAAGCUGAAACUUGGCAAGUGAAAAAUAUAGUGAUGAAAGAUUUUGACUGACAGGCAAAAUUUGACGUUUUCGUAGUUUCCAUGGCAACAUGAACGAUUGAAUACAACCUUAAAAUUUCAAUUUUACUCAGUUUACAUAAAAUUCGCUCAUUAGAUUUUCCUAUAAACUCGCACACAGCUUACUAUAAUUAAUCAUUACUAUUUGAAACUUAUUUGACCAAAUUUUAACAGAGGGGUUUUCAGAUAAUCAAUAAUAUAAUUGUACUGUUAUUAUUAAAUGUGUCACAAAAUUCGUCUGUUCAACUCCCAUUUUAAAGUUAUCAUUAUUUAAAAUACGAUAAAUGUAAAAAUUCUGCCAAAUAUCACAAAAUUUUAAUGAGUAGAUUUUGAGAAAUCGUCUUCUGUCUUCCACUGCUUUUUUCGCCGCCAUGUUUGUUUGUCUAAUUUAAAACAUGCGCUACCGCUGACCGCCCGCGAAACUGUGUUCAGCCACCUUAAGAAGAACCUCUACUGAGCGGCCAUCCUCCGCGACCGCUUACCAGUACCCUGAGGGUGGCCGCUCAGUGGGGGUACAACUGUUACUUGUUACUUCUCCGAUUGUAGGUGCGUUUCGAUCAAGGAUCUCGUGUGUAUGUAACGCCUAAUCCCUCGUACAAGAGCCAAGACAAAUUGACUGGUAUUUGCGGUAACUUCAAUGGACGCGAUCAAGACGAUUUGACGUUGCCGGAUAAGAACACAGACGCCGCGGAUGACACUGAGUUUGGUUAUGCCUGGCGAGAUGAAGAGGAUUGUCCCUACCCUGUGAGUCUCGAUCCUUGCUCAGAUAAUCCCGAUAGACAAGGCUGGGCAGAGAAAGGUAAGUUGUAAAAAAAAAGUAACCGAAAACUCACAUGGCGAUGUCGUAAUUCAAUUUUAUCUCUGGAUAAUUCUAUUUUACUUUGUUUCAAACUCAUUACCAAAUAUAACCAUACCCAAAACUAAAGGAGAAUAAAAGAUAACAUUUCUGCAGAGCCCCAUACAUUUAUUAAGCAUACACCUAAGCUUUUGACCCUAGUCAAAUAAACUGUUUGUGAGGAAAACUAUGGUAUUGCUGUGUGCAUAAUAAAUGUAUGGGGCUGUGCGGAAAGUUUACAAAAUAAAAUUUAGACCAGCGAUAAAAUUAAACCACAAAAGAGACAGUAACUAUGUUAAAUGAAGCGACGGAACCGAUCUCGUAUUUAUGAAACUAAUUCCAAUAUUUUCUUUCCUUAACAUUGCCCAUUUGAACAACUGGGCCUAGGCCCCGGUUGUUUAAAAGAUGGAUAGUGCUAUCUACCGGAUAAAUCACUAUCCCACGGAUAAGUAUUAGGGAAACCAAUUGCACUAUCCACUGGAUAGAGAUUUAUCCGCUGGAUAGCGCUGUCAACCUUUUCACCAACAGGGCCCAGGACUAUAGUUUUACCCUCUGGCUUUUGAAAACCAGUUCCUAGCAAGUUGUGAGUUCGUAAUACCCUUCAUUGCUGCUUUUAAUUCUUACCUGUUGUAAAUGCCAGGUUGUAACGAAAUCAAAAGAAACGCCAACUUCACCGUCUGUCACGACACGGUGGAUCCGGAGCCGUACUUCGAAGCCUGUAAACACGAAGCUUGUCUAUGCCACAAGGGAGGCGACUGCGCAUGCUUUUGUUCGGCGGUUGCUGCGUACGUGCGAGCCUGCAACCAGUAUGGCAUCUCAAUCACGUGGCGUAGGGAAGGAUUUUGUGGUGAGUUAAAUAAACAGUGUAGUGGUCGUCAUAGCAUAGAUUGUUAACACGUAAGUUGACACCUGACUUGAACUCAAGUGAAGUAUUACUAUAUCAAUGGCAACGAUAAUGGUGAUGAUACAUACAUACAUACAUACAUACAUACAUGCAUACAUAUAUAUUUUAUUGAAAGGUCAAUAGCGCGGUCAAAGGCUGAUGUAGUCCUUAAUUAACAAAUACACUAGAAAGAUAAUUUACGACAUUACAUGUGUUACGAUUAAAACAAUUUCUACAACUGAAAACAACAAAAGUUACAAUACAACAGACCAUUACAGCUACACAAGUGAUACUAAAAUUAUCAUUAUCAGCACAGUAUUAAAAGUUAAAGAUUUACAGAUUAAUAAUAAAAGAAAUCAUCUAAAUUUUUAUUUAAAAUUACGCAAGUUCCCUUCAUAUAACUACUCUGUUCCAGAUUGCAUUUCUUCAAGGUUACGUUAAAUCUCGCUACAUCAGCUUGAAUCCUUGUUUUGUUGUUGAGGCCAUUUCAAAGGAUUGGUCCUCUAAUCGUGAACAGGGACCUUAAGAUCCGAGGACGGCGACGGCAGAGAAAGCGUUGACCUCCUUCUGGUUGGGAUUCUUACCUUUGUGGGUCACAAUGAAAAGUAUUGGUUUACCAGUAAUUGUGUUACCCCUAUAGAGUCAGAUUGAACAGCGCGAAAGGCACACAUUUAGGUGGACACAGGAGUUGGUGUCUGUUGAACUGUUUAAGGUCAAAAAUACUCUAGAACACAAAAGCUUUAAAAAUUUGUAAAAAGCGUUUCAGCUAAACUUAAGGUCAUGGGAAACAUAAAAAGGUCAUGGAAAAGUCAUGGAAAGUCCUGGAAUUUGAAGAACUUAAAAGAGUACGAACCCUGUUUAAAAUGUAAAUGAAUAAUAAGCUAAUUCAUACUUCUGCAGAGCUCCCCUGCUGUCGACCUUGUCAGAACACAGGUGGUUACCUAGCCAACAUAAGUUUGCCCACUACCUGCGAGAGCCCCGCCAAAGAUUGUAAAAAAUUGGGUGCGAGGUGUUGCCGUGGGCCUCGAGUUGAAGGAUGUUCCUGCCCUCUUGGUACGUUCUUCGACGGUAAAAAGUGUGUCAAUCAAACAGAGAAAUGUAGCAAGCCUUGUGUCGCCACAACAACGGUUGCCACGUCGUCCACGACCAGCAGUAUAUCAAGCUCGAGUAGCACCAGGUACGUAAAACGACAUCGAUUUAUAAUAGCCAUAAGACUGUGCGUGUGAGAGGUCGUUUCAGUCUGCAGCCAUAACAUUGAUAGCCAAAGUCCCAUUUGAUAAAAAAGGUUAAAAAAAAACAGUGAAAGGUUUAUAAUGAAAAUUCCACUUAACUUAUCCACCUAGUUUACUGGCACUCCACUCAAAGAAUUUAGAACAAAUAAUUGUUAUAUACCAUAUUGUAGGAAGUUAACGCUUCAUGAAAUUAACGCGGAUUUCAAGAAGUUGGGUUAAUUUCUGUAAACCGCGUUAAUUUCCGCGACCUCAAUUUCCAUGUUUUUGACCCCAAAUUCUCAAUACACUUCUGAUGUUCUUGACACCUAAGAAAGAGGAGUAUUUUAUCAGGGUGGAGAUCCGCCAGCAACAGUGAACCUGUGAUGAACUUGAAGUGGCCCGAUUUCUUCGCGUAAAUUUUAAGUAAAGAAUAGCCUGCGAAGACAUGCGUUUCUCCUCGCUCUUCGCCGAUGGGGGCGGUCUCGCGAAACGUCCCCGGCGGCGAAGAGCAGGAGAAACGGAUGUUUUCGCAGGCUAAGUAAAGAACCACGAACAAAGUUUCCCUUUCGGAUUUUACGUUUAAUUUUCGUUCCUGUUGUCUCAGCAAGGUUGUUUCUUUGUACACGUCGCGUAAAUUUCCUUCAUUUUGUAUAGGUAAUGGCAUGAUUUGUAGUGAUAUUUGGCAUAAAUACCACGAGUGAUUUUUCAAAAUUGUGAUACGUAAUUUGAGACAAUUUAUUAUAAUUAAUUUAUUUAUACUACUACACGCAAAGGUUUUGUAAUUUUCACUUACAGGUAUUUCAAAUUAAGCUGUAAAACCACUGCUCUUAGCCAAUCAAAUUGAAAAAAUUUCUCAUGUAGUAAUAUAAUAAAUGUAACCCUCUCUUUCGCGUUAAUUUCCUUCAUUCGAAAGUCGUGUUUUACUAAAUUCGCGUUAAUUUCUAAUACCUUAAUUUCAUGGAGCGUUAAUUUCAUAUAAUAACGUAACAUAUAACAGGAUCCCCCCCCACACACACACACACACACAUACACACACGCUUUUUAGUACAUUUCUAUGACGUCCACUGCACGACUACGACGUGGACAUACGACGACGAAUUUUCCUUCCUCUUUUUGAACUUGAAUAAAAUCCUUUAGAAUUCAACUCUAGGAAAAGUCGCCUGCAUUUGACACAUUGAGCAGGUCCAAACAGACGCAAUUAAGUGUGAAAGAACGCAAAUUCAUUUUUUAGGGACGUUUUCACUGCCGUCGUGGUCGUCAUUGCUUAAGGUCCCUAUUUACAAGCGUGGCCGAGGAGUGCGACUCGAACCCGAGACCGCCGGAUUGCGAGUGCGACGUGCUAAUCACUCAGCCACGAUCUCUUCAAAGCGUUGUCUCCUCUUUGUGUCUCAUUAGAAAUAUGACUACAGAAUGAAUUGGACGACACGAAGUUAUCUUUUCAGUUGCUCAAUACUUAAGCAAAAUGUCCGAAAAACGGUGAAGGUUUCAGUGAUUUGUUCAACAAAAGGACAAAGAUCGUCCCCCGUGUCUUGCUGUUCUUCACUUAGGCGUAAAGAGAAAAAAUAGUGACUUUUAAACUGUCGCAUUACCGCGGAGGUUACAUCUUGCUGUCCAAUUCCUUACAUAUCUCGCAUUCUGUCACAUUACACUUUCCUAUUAAUGCUGAAAUUGGGGCUAAAAAAUAGCAAUUCAGAUUGAGGAUUUUGUUCUUAAUUAUAAUAAAUACUUUUAUUAAUGAUAUUUACAUACAUAUGACUUUUUGCACUCUUCUAGCUCGUCCAUUUCAAGCACCUCGAGUGUGUCCACACCCACUACUACAACUUCAUCCUCGAGCGUCAGCACAAGUGUGUCAAGCAGUACAUCAUCGAGCUCAUCGAGCUCAUCGAGCUCAUCGAGUUUAAGUGUUUCGACACCAACGACAACAGUUUACUCGACUUAUUCAAGUCCGAGCAGUUCAACUUCAACUUCAUCCAGUUCCAGUGUUAGCAGCUCAAGCUCUAUUUCGUCGAGUUCCAGUGUGUCGACGCCCACUACAACAACUUCAUCCUCGAGUGUCAGCUCAAGUGUUUCAAGCAGUACAUCAUCGAGCUCAUCGAGUUUGGGUGUGUCCACACCAACGACAACAGUUUACUCGACUUAUUCAAGUCCGAGCAGUUCAACUUCAACUUCAUCCAGUUCCAGUGUUAGCAGCUCAACCUCGUCGAGUUCCAGUGUGUCGACGCCCACUACAACAACUUCAUCCUCGAGUGUCAGCUCAAGUGUGUCAAGCAGUACAUCAUCCAGUUCAUCAAGUUUCAGUGUGUCCACACCAACGACAACUGUUUACUCCACGUAUUCAAGUGUGAGCAGCUCAAUCUCAACGUCAUCAAGUUCAAGUGUGAGCAGUUCAACUUCAACUUCGUCGAGUUCUAGUUCAAGCAGUUCUACGUCAACUUCGUCUAGUUCCAGUGCGAGUAGCUCGACUUCAACUUCGUCGAGUUCAAGUGUGAGUAGCUCAACAUCAAGCUCGUCGAGUUCUAGUCUAAGCAGUUCCACCUCAAUUUCCUCGAGUUCGAGUGUAAGUAGCUCGACUUCAACUUCGUCAAGUUCGAGUGUAAGUAGCUCGACUUCAACUUCGUCAAGUUCGAGUGUGUCUACACCCACAACAUUAACGUCUUCCACAAGUGCAUCAAGCUCUAGGUAAAAUGAUCUUUCUUGGGUGUUUGAUUGUCAGAGUGCUUUUUUACUGAAAGUCAACAAUACGUGUAGAUAGUAAAUUUUCUGCAUAGGCCUAAAUCAAGCACCACCGGAAUUACGUAAUUUCUCGGUUGAGUUGUCGCAUGUUUCUUUAUGCCUUGGUGUUGAAGGUUGUUGUUCAUCAAACGGCGUUUAAUUGAGCGUAUAUUCGGGUCAUUAUUUGUAACAGACGUUUUUAGAGCAAUUCUCGAGAUAAAUGUCUCAAGCGAGAGCGAGAGGGUAAAUGUCAAAUAUGAGGCAGUCAUUUUCUCGUGUAUCUUUGAGAAACGGAGGUUAAGAAUAUGGUAUCAUCAUUAAAAGCUAGUAACUCUUUACAACUUAUAGAAUUAGUUUUUGAAUGGGUGUUUUCAGAAAUUUCAUUAAAAUAGUAGAUGAGUUAUUUGCCCUUUUAUACCAAGUACUUACCACUGAUAUUAAACUUGUUCAUUCCAGUUCCAUAUCAACUUCCACGUCAUACAAAUCAGUUUCACAGAAAAGCACGGCUACUGUUUAUCCAUCUACAGUGACCAGAACCACUGGGACACAGUACUCUGUUGGAACAUCAAGCAGGACGCCACCAAGCUUAAAGCCACCGUCACAAACUUCGAGAUCAAGUCCUUCAUCCAGCAGGUGGUUACAUACUCUUCACUAUUACCACGAUCAAUAUCAAACUUCUAUUCAAAGUAACAGGGCAUACUUAAGGGAACAAGUCAUGAGAUUGAAAGCAAUGAUCACACAAAAACUAAAUUCAUUAAUCUCUUGAAAUCUUCCCAAAAUUUAUGGAGACCAGUUAAGAGAAUUCGUGCUUGGAUAUUGGGGGUUAAAGGGUUAACGUUUAGGAGAAUAGUAGUGGAACAAAAAAGUUACAAGGGAUACAGUAAAGGGAAGGAAAUAUGAUAGAAGUAGCUUUCAAGUUUCCUUUUUCCCCCCAGGUUUACAGAUUUUUCUUUCCAUUUGCAAGGACGAAUAAUUUCCGGUUUCCUUCUUUUUCUGAGUUAAAACUUGGUUGUUUUUUUUCUUUAAGAAUAAUUUUAUGCCAAAAUGGCUACAGAAUUUCCGAUUGAAAAAGAUAGAUAACGUGCUCUUAAUUGAAACAUAGCACACCAAAGGUUAAACUGCAAAGACAGAUAGUCUAUUCGUUAAGUUUAACGCUGCCUUCAAUAAAAAGUAUAUUACUGGUAGUGACCGUAAUAAAUUUUAUUUUUUAGACAUUGCAUAGAAAUUUAGUUUUACUUUGGUGAACACUAUAUACCUUGAAAUGGUUUCUGAAGAAAUCACAAUCGCAGUCAGCUCUAGCUGGGACACGGAAUCCCCCAAAUUUAAGUGAGAAGACGCUUGUUCAGGUCUUGGCAACUAACUAUAUCAUUCAAAUUUUCUUGUUUUAAGUUCUUCAUCUAGCUCAUCUGUGUCGACCCCAACCACAACAACUUCAUCCACAUCAAUCAGUUCAAGUGUUUCUAGCAGUACAUCAUCCAGCUCAUCGAGUUCCAGUGUGUCCACACCGACCACAACAGUGUACUCCACGUAUUCAAGUGUCAGCAGUUCAACAUCAACCUCGACUAGUUCCAGUGUGAGUAGCUCACCUUCAACUUCGUCGAGUUCAAGUGUAUCCACACCAACAACGACAACUUCGUCCACCAGCGUCAGUAGCACUGUUUCAAGCAGUACGUCUUCAAGUUCAUCGAGUUUAAGUGUAUCAACACCAACAACAACAGUUUACUCGACAUAUUCAAGUCGGAGCAGCUCAACUUCAACUUCAUCCAGUUCCAGUGUGAGUACCUCUACUUCAACUUCGUCCAGUUCCAGUGUAUCAACGCCCACGACAACAACUUCAUCCACUAGCGUCAGCACAAGUGUAUCGAGUAGUACCUCUUCAAGCUUUUCGAGUUCUAGCGUGUCCACACCAACGACAACAGUUUACUCGACAUAUUCAAGUCCGAGCAGUUCAACAUCAACUUCAUCAAGUUCAAGUGUGAGCAGUUCUACUUCAACGUCGUCGAGUUCCAGUGUGUCGACGCCCACUACAACGACUUCAUCGACUAGUGUCAGCACAAGUGUGUCAAGCAGUACAUCAUCCAGCUCGUCUAGUUCGAGUGUCUCCACACCAACGACUACGGUGUACUCGACGUAUUCAAGUGUGAGCAGUUCAACUUCAACGUCGCUGAGUUCAAGUGUGAGUAGCUCAACUUCAGUAUCGUCAAGUUCUAGUUUGAGCAGCUCAACGUCCACCUCGUCGAGUUCCAGUGUGAGCAGCUCAACUUCCACCUCGUCUAGCUCGAGUGUUUCAACAUCCACGACAACAACGUCAUCCACUAGGUAAAGUAGUUUAAAAUUGGAGACGGAAUAUUGGUUAGUUUCGUAUUAGCUUAGCUAUGAGCAACAAAGAAAACAGAAAUUACCUUUUAUAAGCAGGUAGUUAAAAUUGCCUGCUAGCGUCACUAUGACAUUUCAACGUUUACAGGUUACAGGUUGUGUUGGUCAUGUACAGUUGUCUGCAAGACCCGUGAAAUGAAUCGGACGCUAAUCGCUUGUUGAAGUGUAAUAAGCACCAAAACGUGUUUACGAUCAACAUAAUGGCAGCUUCGUGUUACACAGCGCUGCUUCUAGCACCUCUGCUGCUCCUUUAAAUGAGGAUGAUAUUGGUUGAUGGUGGAGGUGGUUUUGGUAAUAAUAUUAAUGGCGACAAUAUUGGCGCUGAUCACUGUUAAAAUGAUGAUGAAAGUUAGUAAGACAGAUACGUCACAGUGGAACCUCCUCAAUACAAAAUAUAGGCAACCAAUGUGAGAUUUGAGUCAGGAAACAUAUUGACGGACACAAGGAAUGUAGAGUUAGGCCGCUAGGGGAAGUUUUUGCUAGAAGUUGAACCGUUGCACAGAAAUCUAAUGUGUGAGUGCGUCUCUUUUUGGUAAAGAGAGGCUGCACGUUUGAAAAUAAGGUGGACAAGCAAUUAGCCAAUUCAAAGAACCUGAGUGAUUUCAGACGACAACAUCAUUGGGUGGUGAGGUUUACUCGUGAGCCUUGUAGGGCACGCAGACGCAGGUGUUGGUGUGUGUGGAAAGGGACUGCUGUGGGUCCACAGUAGUUACCGAAUGCUAAAAAGUCUAAUUUACCUAAUGAAAGUAUAAACUUACCUUUAGACAGUGAUUGGGUAAUCAUGAAAUAGGAUCAUUUUCCUUUCUUGAACAAAUUUUAACGUAAAUGUUUUCUUCAGUUCCGCGUCGUCUACAACAACAACUUCAUAUAAAUCGGUUUCUCAAAAGAGCACAGCAACUGUUUAUCCAUCCACUGUGACCAGAACUACAGGGACAGAAUAUUCUAUUUAUACGUCGAGUAGAACCCCACCAAGCUUGAAGCCACCCUCGCAAACAUCGACGUCGAGCACUUCAUCAAGCAGGUUGGCACAAUGUACUCUUAUAAUGUACAAAAAUGUAUGACUGUUUUGACUACAGUCAUGUAAAACUAGGUUUACAAGAAAGAGAUGAAAUUUGUAAUUGGAAAUUUUACUUUUGUUAAUGCUCAUAGCUUUUUGUCAGUUUGAUGGUCGAGUGACUUUGCAGCCCCACACCCCUGACCUAACGUCAAUGCCAAGUAGUAGCAAGGACGCCUGGAGAUUAAGUCAUGCGACGCACAUAUAUAUGGUUGUUUAGCGGUCUGUCUAAAUCUAGUACAAACAAAGUGAGGAAUUCAAAGAAUUAGUAGAGACAAGGGAAGUGCUGUACGGAAGUAUAAGGUACCCAAUUAGAAGUACAACAGUGGGGACGCGAUGUUUAACAAAUGACGUGUAUAGUGAAAGACCUUCACCCUAUUUUUUUUCAUACUUGUGUUUUAUUGCUAAAAGGAGGCGUGUCAGGAAUGAAAAGUCAUUUAUUGUCAAAAGACUGUCCAUUUUUGACGAAGGCAACUCAGAGCCACUGAAAAAACGUUUUUUUUAACGUUCAACACUUUAAACGUUACGUACCCUAGUACAGGGUACUACAACCGUCUUUUCCAUAUACAAAACAGAGUAGCCGCAAUGGUCUUGACAAAUGAUUAUUCCUUGUCAGUUCUUCAUCCAGUUCUUCAUCGACUUCAAGUGUGUCAACACCGACUACAUCUUCAUCCACAUCUGUCAGCUCAAGUGUGUCGAGUAGUACUUCUUCAAGCUUAUCGAGCUCAAGUGUGUCAACCCCAUCGACAACAGUGAGUAGCUCAACGUCAACCCCUUCUAGUUUCAGUGUGAGCAGCUCAACGUCAACUUCCUCAAGUUCCAGCGUGUCCACACCCACAACAACAACUUUGUCUACGAGCGUCAGCACCAGUGUGUCAAGUAGUACAUCGUCCAGCUCGUCGAGUUCAAGUGUGUCUACACCAACAACAACAGUGUACUCGACAUAUUCAAGUGCGAGUAGCUCAACUUCAACAUCGACUAGUUCCAGCGUGAGUAGCUCAACUUCAACUUCGUCGAGUUCAAGCGUAUCCACACCAACAACGACAACUUCUUCCACGAGCGUCAGCACUAGUGUGUCAAGCAGUACAUCGUCCAGCUUGUCGAGUUCAAGUGUGUCUACACCAACGACAACAGCUUACUCGACAUAUUCAAGUGCGAGCAGCUCAACUUCAACAUCGACUAGUUCCAGUGUGAGUAGCUCAACUUCAACUUCGUUGAGUUCAAGUGUAUCGACACCAACAACGACAACUUCGUCCACCACCGUCAGUACAAGUGUUUCAAGCAGUACCUCAUCCAGCUCAUCGAGUUCCAGUGUUUCCACACCGACCACAACAGUGUACUCCACGUAUUCAAGUGUGAGCAGUUCAACAUCAACUUCGACUAGUUCCAGUGUGAGUAGCUCAACUUCAACUUCGUUGAGUUCAAGUGUAUCCACGCCAACAACGACAACUUCGUCCACCACCGUCAGUGAAAGUUUUUCAAGCAGUACAUCUUUUAGCUCAUCCAGUUCCAGUGUUUCCACACCGACCACAACAGUGUACUCCACGUAUUCAAGUGUGAGCAGUUCAACAUCAACUUCGACUAGUUCCAGUGUGAGUAGCUCAACUUCAACUCCGUCGAGUUCAAGUGUAAGUAGUUCAACCUCAACUUCGUCUAGUUCGAGUGUAUCUACACCCACUACAACAACUUCCUCCACCAGCGUCAGCACAAGUGUGUCAAGCAGCACAUCAUCCAGCUCAUCGAGUUCGAGUGUGUCUACACCAACGACAACAGUUUAUUCCUCGUACUCAAGUGUCAGCAGUUCAACAUCAACUUCGUCUAGUUCCAGUGUGAGCAGCUCAACUUCAACUUCAUCAAGUUCUAGUGUGUCCACACCCACUACGACAACUUCAUCCACGAGUGUCAGCACAAGUGUGUCAAGCAGUACAUCAUCCAGCUCAUCGAGUUCAACCGUGUCCACGCCAACUACAACAGUUUAUUCCACAUAUUCAAGUGUAAGCAGUUCUACUUCAACUUCCGUGAGUUCGAGUGUGAGUAGCUCUUCUUCAACUUCGUCGACAUCAAGCUCUUCUAGCAGUUCAUCGUACAGCAGUUCUAGGUAUGGAUAGUAUAUGGUGUUAAAUGGUGGCGUUGCCAAUAUUCAGGCCCAUGGCAUUCUUGUUAAUUAUUCUAGGCGCUUGAAUCUGUGGACGGGCUUAAUACUAAAGCAACUAGUAUUACAGAAAAUUAGUUUUUUAGUUGCUUAAAUUUCCACAUUCUGACUUCUGCUUUGGACUUCCGGGGUAGCCCACCGUUACAUUCCAAGAAUAUUGAAGAUAAUAUAGAUGAACAUUUUCUGUGUUGACAAUUUAGCCCAGUCGCGUGACGGUUAUUGCUGAAGUGAUCAUAUCACCAUCCUUGCUUUGUCUCAAAUUACAGCUUUAGUUUAUUGGUUUGGUUGUGCUUAUAAGUGGUAUUCUUUGAGUGUGGCAAGAAUCGUAUAGUUUUGCCUCAACCCGUUGUGAAUUUUGAGGGACCAAGAACAUAAUGAGGCUAUGUCGGGAAACGGUGAUGAAAACGUGGAACAAGCAAUAGUUGUUGAAAAGGUGGAUAGCGCUAUCCGUUGGAUAAACUUCUCCCCAGUAGAUAACGCAAUUGGUUAGCCUAAUAGUGAUUUAGCCGGUGGGUAGAAGCACCCAACUUUGAACAUCCAAGGCCGGAUGAUGUUAAAGGUUAUGCCUGGCAAGAUUGAGGAGGGUUCUAUGUUCCUGAUAAUUUUCAUAGAUUCUAGACGAUAAUGAUGAUGUUGGUGACGAUGGUGAGUGUUGAUGAUAAGAUAAGAUGAGCAGUGGAUAAAUGGCAGUGGAUAAAUUGUAGCAGGUUUAAUAUCUUAAAAUUUUGCUACAAGACUGAAGCAAUAUACCUAUGUAAUUAUAUUUGGCGAAGUGCUGUGAUGAUAAUGGUGAUGAUGGCGAUGAUCACGAUGAUGAUGCUGGUGACGAUGAUGAUAAUGAUGUUGAUAAUGAUGAUGAUGAUGAUGAUGAUGACGAUGAUGAUGGCGGAAAUGGUUAAGGUGGAGAUGGUGACAGAGGGAAAACAAAGGCAUUGCUUUUAUAUGUUAAGGUUAUAUCUUACGAGAUGGGCCUUAGAUAGUGGUCGUCCAUAACUUAAAUAAGUAAAUUUUUUAAGUAAUAUUAAGUAGCUUCCAAUAAUGUUACCAGACUGAACGAUUUGAUUGGUAGUAUCCAUGAGUAAAAGGGGAGGAUCAUUACGAACGUCUUUACUGAGGGUAUGAACUCUUUCAAUCCUAACGCUUAGCUCACCGAGUCUAUUCACACAAGUUCCUCCAUCUUCAAAAGUGACAUCUGUGUCUUCAUCAAAAUCAGAGUUCACAGUGUCGUCCUCAAAAUCUAAGUCCAGUUCCAGUGUUUCCACACCGACCACAACAGUGUACUCCACGUAUUCAAGUGUGAGCAGUUCAACAUCAACUUCGACUAGUUCCAGUGUGAGUAGCUCAACUUCAACUUCGUUGAGUUCAAGUGUAUCCACGCCAACAACGACAACUUCGUCCACCACCAUCAGUGAAAGUUUUUCAAGCAGUACAUCUUUUAGCUCAUCCAGUUCCAGUGUUUCCACACCGACCACAACAGUGUACUCCACGUAUUCAAGUGUGAGCAGUUCAACAUCAACUUCGACUAGUUCCAGUGUGAGUAGCUCAACUUCAACUUCGUCGAGUUCAAGUGUAAGUAGUUCAACCUCAACUUCGUCUAGUUCGAGUGUAUCUACACCCACUACAACAACUUCCUCCACCAGCGUCAGCACAAGUGUGUCAAGCAGCACAUCAUCCAGCUCAUCGAGUUCGAGUGUGUCUACACCAACGACAACAGUUUAUUCCACGUACUCAAGUGUCAGCAGUUCAACAUCAACUUCGUCUAGUUCCAGUGUGAGCAGCUCAACUUCAACUUCAUCAAGUUCUAGUGUGUCCACACCCACUACGACAACUUCAUCCACGAGUGUCAGCACAAGUGUGUCAAGCAGUACAUCAUCCAGCUCAUCGAGUUCAACCGUGUCCACGCCAACUACAACAGUUUAUUCCACAUAUUCAAGUGUAAGCAGUUCUACUUCAACUUCCGUGAGUUCGAGUGUGAGUAGCUCUUCUUCAACUUCGUCGACAUCAAGCUCUUCUAGCAGUUCAUCGUACAGCAGUUCUAGGUAUGGAUAG